GAUCACUCAAAUCCCUUCAAUUCAACUGGAAAGCUGCAGCUUGUUGCACGCCGGCCGCAUAUGGAGAGGAGAAGCUUUCAAUCCAGAGAGAGGGCACCAACCAUACAGCGGGCGAACGUGGCCGAUGUUGUGACAGUUUCCCAGAGCAAAAGAAAGAGAGGGAGAGAAACCACAACACUGCAACUUGGAUAUCAGUAACCGCUCUCCCUCUCUCUUUAACUCUCUCACCCACCAAAUCGACUUUGAACCUGUUUGUUUAAAUACACGGACUUUACAGCCUGCACACUUACUGUUGAUUCUGCAAGGCGGAGGGAGCGACGUUUCUCAAUUUGGGUCCAUUUCUUCUUUUUUUGGAGCUGCUAAAAACUUGUUGGUGUCCUCAUGGUGCCUGGAGCUGCCGCAGUGAGCUUCUUUUAUCCGAAUUUUUCGGACGUGAUAUCGCGACUGUCACGGACGAUGGAGUCGGGAACUGAGCCGCAGAGGUACUGAAGACACCUCUGUCCCCCGGGAGAGUCCUCCCUCCCACCCCCCCGGGGCGAUGCGGGUCUCCUUCCUCCUUCUCACCGCCUCUCUGUGCGCCAUGGUCCUCCUCCUCGCACCUGCCUCGGAGGGCUGCGGGCCGGGGAGGGGGUACGGCAAGAGGCGGCUCCCGAAGAAGCUCAUCCCGCUCGCUUACAAGCAAUUCAGCCCCAACGUCGCCGAGAAGACCCUGGGGGCCAGCGGGAGACCCGAGGGCAAAAUAACGCGCAACUCCGAGCGCUUUAAAGAACUGACACCGAAUUACAACACAGAUAUCAUCUUCAAAGAUGAGGAGGACACGGGCGCCGACCGGCUCAUGACCCAGCGUUGCAAAGACAAGUUAAACUCUCUGGCCAUCUCAGUGAUGAACAUGUGGCCGGGUGUCAAGCUGAGAGUGACCGAGGGCUGGGAUGAGGAUGGUCAUCAUUCGGAGGACUCGCUGCACUAUGAAGGACGUGCUCUCGACAUCACCUCCUCAGACAGGGACAGAAAUAAGUACGCCAUGUUGGCCCGGCUGGCCGUAGAAGCUGGAUUCGACUGGGUCUACUAUGAGUCCAAAGCCCACAUUCAUUGUAGCGUCAAGUCAGAACAUUCGGUGGCAGCCAAAACCGGUGGCUGUUUCCCUGGCGAUGCUCAGGUUAUCCUCAAGGGCGGGGCUUCUAAACGGAUGCGUGACCUUCACCCUGGCGACCAUGUCUUGGCCUCCUCAACGACGGAUGGUCACGGCCCCCUUAUCUACAGCCCGGUCUCAUCUUUUCUGGACUACCAGCCCAACGUCACAAAGAUCUUCUACAACAUUGGCACCAACACAGGACUUAAUAUUACUCUCACAGCCGCUCACCUGAUCUUUGUCACAGACUGCACGGGUGGGCUGAGUGAGCCAAAGUGGAAAGAGACGGCUGACGAUCCACAUUUGGGCUCCAAAAGGUGGGAAGCAGGCCUGAGGACAGUUUUUGCCAGUGAGGUCCGGCCAGGACAGUGUGUGCUUACAUCACAAGGGAAAGUGGGGUCACAGGCAUCACUUUCAGUUGUGACCUUUGUAGAAGAACAGGGGAGCACUGGGUUGUAUGCCCCACUAACUCAGCAUGGGUCCAUAGUGGUGAACGGUGUGCUGGCCUCCUGCUAUGCUGCUGUGGACAAUCACCAUUUGGCCCACUGGGUCCUGGCCCCACUGAGGUUCUUCUACAGCCUUAUGGGACCUUCAGAACCGCAGACCGACGGCCUGCACUGGUACCCUUGGCUUCUACAGAGGCUGGGGCAAAUGCUGUUGGACACUGGACACUUCCACCCCUGGGGGACUGAGCAAGGACAUAGAUAGGAGCCACAGAGACAUGUUUCACACUGACUUACCUGUAUUCAGGAGAACCUAAGCACAGAUUUAGGGACCACCAAAGACAAUUGAUUUUAUAGUGAAAAUUUGUUUUCACCCUACUUGGCUGUAUUUUCUGUACUUCAUCAAACUCUUUUUUGUAGCACAUGGGACAAAGAGAAGCGACUGGGAAGAUUAGUCUGCUGAUUUCAAUUUCAUUCAUUCCAGAAGAUUUUAGAGGACUGGAAAGGUGAUCAAAGACAGAAUAUCAAAAGUACAGACUUAAGUAUCUCCCAUGUUCAAUUUCUAUGUCAAUAUGUUCAUGUUCCACUCAGAGCACCUCAGAGAUCAAAAGCAGGGAAUGCGAUUCGAAACAAUAGCUUUCAUAAAAUCAUCGUCAAAGUAGGCAGUGAAGAUAAUCAAGUUGAAUCAUUCCUUUGUACUGUAUUCACUGUAAUGUGUGAACAUUUGUGCAGCUUGACGUCACGCUGGGGCUUACUGAUGUAGUUGGAGGAAAUUUAAACAUUUGAGGACACCUUUUGUGACACAUUUUAGGAGCAUCAGGCUCCAGAGAAAAGGUUAAGGUGAACAAAUGAAGGAAACACUUUUGGAGGAAAGAACAAAAGAGAAUAACAUGAAGAAAACUGAACAAUGUGUGAUUUAAAGCUCUAUGUACAUAGGUAUUUAUACAGUUAGGGAAUGUUAAACAAAGGAAAGGAAGACAACAAAUUAACUUUACUGUCAGAAUCAUCACCGCAGUAAAUCCAUUGAUGCUUUACUCUUUUUUUAAUAGAGCCUGUUUUUUUUUAAAUUUAUUUACAGAAUAAUAUUUAACUGGACGAUGAGGGAUGACGUUCUGUGUGUUAAAUGAAUGCAAUGUUGCAAUUUGCUAGUGUUGCAAUAUAGCUUCACAUCUGGGGCUUUGUUGGAUAACUAUGACAGGGAAUGAUGAUGGACACUGUGUGUAUACUGAAGUACUGAUAAGAGAUCGGUGUAUGGGGUUAUAAUGGCCACGCUGUCAAUGUGGUUUUCCAAGUAAAUCUCAUGCUUUCAGUCAUCUUGAUUGUCUCAAGCUGAUAUAUGGUUCAUAUAUACGUCUUCGUGUUUUUUUUAUCAGUCAUUUUAUUUAAAAGGUGUUUGUUUUGUGACAUGUUUCUCAUUGUUUCAGGUUUUCAAUUUUCAGGUCAGUAGUAUCUAGUAAAGGUAUACACAACACUCAGGCUGUAUUCAACUACUGUAUUAAGCAACAGCUAUGCAUCAUAUUAAAUAACUCUCUUUAAUCUCGAAUAGUAAGUUACUUGACAGCUCUCCUCUGUAUGGUCUUUUUUUGUAUUCAAUCUUUCACCCAAGACAUAAGACCUAGAUUGGCAGGGGUACAGGAAUUUUUGUUGUUCAUAUUGCCCAAAGUGUUCUUCCAGUCGUCACUUAUUGAAUAUGAAGACUCAAACUUUGCUAUCUAGGAACUCCAAGGCAUUAUUCUAUAUGCCUUCUAAAACAUGUAUCACAUAUGUAUAUUAAGCUAUUGUUGGAGAGACUAUUUAAAGAUCUAUUUUUAGAAAUAAUGUAAACUAUUACUAUUUUUCGGCAACUCUGAGCAUACAAUUUGUAUUUGAAACAUAAAGUUGUUGUUUUUAAA